UAGAAACGGUUCACGUUAAAGAGAUAACGUUUAUUUCGGAUACCAUGGAUUGUUUUCGCCUCAUUCUACUGAUGUCUAUGUUGCGGUAUUCGCUGCAGGAUGUGACUAUAGAAGCAUAUCCAUCAACCAAUGUCAAAAGAGGUCAACAAGUCGUACUGACGUGUCGUGUUUCACAAGCAUCGAACUUGAACACAACUAUAUAUUUUAAAGUUUGGUUAAAUGGCAAGAAGAUGUCUGCCUGUACUAUUGAACAGCUGGGAUCACACUGUAAUGUUACGAAUUCUAAUGGAUAUCAAUGCAAAUGUUUUAAUGGAACAGACACGGCUAGCACUUCCACAAAACGUUACCAGCUUACAGUAGACACAUGCACUGUUGUUACCUUUGAUCCGUUCGACUGGUGGUGCCAUACUGCUACGUGGAGUAAAAAUGCAAGAAUUCGAAUUAGCGGGAAAUGCCCAACAGAUCGAGUAGCAGACAAGAUUGACAACACAAUAUCACGUGUUCCAGUAGUGAAGGUGCAAAAAAUGAUAUAUCCUCAUAACAAGACGAUCAAGGUGAUUUGUGAAGCUGACGGAAAUCAUGCAAACUAUAAGUUCUACACAUUCACUCACAUACGGAAAGGAAAAACCAUCACAGAAUUAAAUGGGACGUAUGUGUUGCCUAAUAAAUACGUCUUGACUAUCCACCCAUACAGCUACAACGACAGCGGGACAUACCAAUGCAGUGUGUCAAAUGGCGUUAAAGGAUCCACAAAUGUCCAAGAACAAACAGGAAUAAUAGCAAUAAAUAUUGAACCGAUGGCGGAUAUGGUACCCAGAGAACUGCUAAUCCUGGUAGCGUCUGGUAUAGCAGGACUUGUGAUUCUAUUGGUUAUAAUCGUGACCGCCUGUGUCAUCAACAAGGGAACAAAUUCAAAGAAAGCAGUAUCAGUGAUUGAAGUAAAGGAAGACACCCCACAGAAACGAACAGGGCCGGUAAUGGAAGACAACGAUCUCUACGGACAAGGAGCGGGAGGACCUAGUGUGUCGUUUGCGAGCUUUGGACAUGAAGACAUCAGCGAUAUGUAUUCAGUCGUCAACACGGAUGGCAGGACUGCAGACGAUGACGUCAGCACAAACCCUGCCGACGAUGACAUCACGUCCAUGUACGCUGCCGUCAACAAAGGACAAAGAUUCCGGGCUGAGGAACAGAACACAAUGGACGAAGACGAACUCAGUUCUACAUAUGCUGUUGUUAAGAAGACCAAGAAGUCGGGAGACAAAACAAAGAAGGGCAAAAAGACGAAGGGAACUCACGACGAUGGUGCAGAUGACAUUUAUGCACAGGUCGACAAGAAGAAAAUGAAAGGGAAGAAGCACAAAUCUGCGGAACAGAAAGAUGAAACAGAGCCUCAAGCUGUGGGCUACCUCAACCCCCAGACCACAUUCUGCAGUGUCUAUGAAGCUAUCUGAACAUGUCAAACCGUAGACAUAGAAGUAUGUGUCAGAUAUUUUUAAAGAUCUAAAAGUAGUAGUAAUUGAUUUAUAACGUUAUGCCCACAAGCGAUGAUAUAAUGGUAUUUAGCAUAUAACUGAUACAAUGUUGCAUUACAUUACUAUUACUAUAAACUAUAGUACAUUAGUGCAUUAGUAUCAGUGGACAUUUUUAAGCAGACCCGUAGGAACG